CUUACUGAAUGAAGCCAUUCAUGCUGUAACCGGUUUUGAUAUCUUUUCGGGUUCGUUGCAACGUCGAGAAGCACCUUUUUUAAAUUAUAUAUAAAUGUGCCUUGCGUUCGAACCGUUCAGUGCAUCCCGAAAGUCAGCGGAAAUGAACAGCUACUCAGUUUUCCUUCUGUUAGUUAUAACGCUUGCCGCGGUGACCCUUCAACUAUCCAGCGCCGAAGGUAACUGUCCGAUGCCGUGCCCACACAUAAUGGAUCCCGUUUGCUCAACUGAUGGUGCGCAAAUAAGGCGAUUUUCUAACCGAUGCCUUAUGCAGGCAUACAACGAGUGCGAAAGCGAAAACGGUAAAACUUAUCAGGAAGUCGAUGCAGCUCACUGCGGCGACGACGAUGAUAAUUGGAUUUAAUUGGAAAUCCAAUACGCAGUAGUUUCACACGAAUUAAAAAAAAACCUUGUUUCUUAAAAAAUAAAAC